ACAUUCAAACAGUCUUAUUUCGGGGAAGCACUUUGGCAGCUAGUGAUGCCGAGCUUAUACUUACCAACACUGUAAACCAAGGACCGGAUUUCUUGAUUGAAAGCAUCAACAGCAUUAUGGUCGAUGCACAGGUUAAAUCCGAGUUUGUGGAGUCCUAUCUGGAUGCCAUAGCUCGAUGUAUCGAAAACAGCGUGAUCCCCCUCUCAUUGCCGCCAAACUACUCCAAGAAAUAUUCCCUGCGGCCAAGGCACGUGCUCAAACGCCGAUUGCGGCUAUACGUUUGAUACAAUUGUGUGCUUCAGCAGGAGAGGGGCAGAAUAUAUCUUCUGUCCAUCUAGCGGAAUUCAUCAAGGCCUUGCUACUAGAAGCAACGAGGCCACCAUGGACCCAGGAUAAUCUGAGGGACCUAUUCCAGUCUUUGCGCAGAUCAGAAAAGCACGGCGAUCUACCUAACCACUUCCUUGCGACUUUUAUACAUGGGUUUACCGAGUUGUCACAGAUGGAGAACAUUUUCUCACAUGGCACGGUGCUACUGGAGUUCUUAUCUCAGCUCCGGGAUUCGGCCACUGAGAAUUUGGUGAGUAGUGGCUUGUUCGACGAUAUAUGUCAACAAAUAGUCUCGCGUUUCGACCCUCAGAUGGAGCAUUACACGCUUGUGAUGCCGAUCCUUCAGAUUCUGUUUACAGCGAAAGUCACAGAACAUCUGGAAUCGGAUCUGGUAACCCGAUUUGUUGAAAAGAUUAUUUCCGAGUUACCAAAUUCGAACGAUCCAAUGCUUCUCCUUACCUUCGGUCACCUCGUAAAGCAAGCGGCGGCUCAGGAGCAAUGCGCACAAGACGCUUCCACGCAAACUUUCCGGGUUAUAUUUCCCUCUAUCAUCGGCUUUAUCACUUUGCUCCAUGAGAACAGCCAGGGCACCCGACAUAAGCGACAAAAAACACACGAGUCUUCGUCUUGUAUUCCUUGCCUACCACCCAAUAAAGAUGGGGAGGAACUCGCGAAGGAUGUGGAGUGUUAUGCUACAUCGGGGCUCACUAGGGAAACGAUUCAAAUGCUCGUCAAGAUUCGCAAUGAGGCCUCUUUGGUCCCCGUCCUGGUGUUCGAAACUCGUGACAUUCCUUCCCUCAAGCCGCCAGUCCAAAGCAGGGCUUUCCGGGAAGGAGACAUAGCACCAGCCUUCACCGGUAUGACUCGAAACCUUCUGGCAUCUUACAUACGCCAGAAGACUACCUCGGAGCCUCUGCGCACCCCUGACCUAGACAUGAGGCUCGGUUACAACUGUGGAUGCCAAGACUGCCGCAAACUAGAUGACUUCGUGGCCAACGCCCAGAAGAGCGUACAAGCGUUCUAGUGUCUUACCGCAAUCCGGACGCAUUUACAGAAACGCCUGGUGGCAGGUUUCGAUUCAAGAGUUGAGAAGUGGGUAACUCCUUACACUUUGAUCGUU